AUGGAUUCCCAGCAGAGCAACCUCUACGAGACGGCUUCGCAGCCGGACACCGGCACCGACGCAUACACGUUCCUGGAAUUCAACACUCAGGGCGAAUCCGAGUUCGACUACCCGGAAUUCCGCUCCCCGGUCGCCUGGCCCACUCCUUCCGACUCCCUCGCUGCCGCUGCUUCCUCCUCGUCCGUGGUGCCCGACCCCGUCGUAGUCGACCACCGCAGCGCACCGGCGGCAGCAUCGUCGUCGUCGUCCGAUCACCACCAUUCCGAUUCCCAAGCUGCAUCGCCCGUGGCGUCGUCGUCGGUUGCGAAGGCAGCUGCGCGCGGCGGCCACGGAGUUGACGGCGUGGUGGCUGGAAUGGGAGGGCUGAAUUUCGAGGAGACUGGUGACGAAGACGGGUACGAGUUCGGGAAAGGGGAUUUCACAGAGCACGCCUGCCGAUACUGCGGCGUUUCCAACCCUGCGUGUGUGGUGAGGUGUAAUGUACCGUCCUGUAGGAAGUGGUUUUGUAAUUCGAGAGGGAAUACGUCGGGUUCUCAUAUUGUCAAUCACCUGGUUCGAGCAAAACACAAGGAAGUCUGUCUCCAUAAGGACAGUCCUCUGGGUGAAACUAUUCUUGAAUGCUACAACUGUGGAUGCCGCAAUGUCUUCCUUCUGGGUUUCAUAUCAGCCAAGACAGAGAGUGUUGUUGUUCUCCUCUGUAGGGAGCCAUGCUUGAAUGUUAACGCUUUGAAGGACAUGAAUUGGGACCUAAGCCAGUGGUGUCCUCUGAUUGAUGAUAGGUGCUUUCUUCAGUGGCUAGUUAAGAUUCCUUCUGAGCAAGAGCAGUUGCGGGCACGCCAAAUUAGUGCACAGCAAAUAAAUAAGAUAGAAGAGCUCUGGAAAAGCAAUCCGGAUGCAGCCCUUGAAGAUCUUGAGAAACCUGGUGUCGACGAUGAACCCCAGCCAGUAGCUCUGAAGUACGAAGAUGCAUACCAGUACCAAAAUGUAUUUGCCCCACUUAUUAAGCUUGAAGCUGACUAUGAUAAGAUGAUGAAAGAGUCACAGAGCAAGGAUAAUCUAACUGUUCGAUGGGAUAUAGGUCUUAACAAGAAGCGCGUAGCUUAUUUUGUCUUCCCAAAGGAGGAUAACGAGUUGCGUCUAGUGCCUGGUGAUGAACUAAGGCUGCGUUACUCUGGAGAUGCGGCUCAUCCAGCCUGGCAGUCUGUUGGGCAUGUGAUAAAGCUAACUGCACAAGAGGAAGUUGCUCUUGAGCUUCGUGCUAGUCAGGGUGUUCCUAUUGAUGUGAACCAUGGUCUUAGUGUUGAUUUUGUCUGGAAGAGCACAAGUUUUGAUCGAAUGCAGGGUGCAAUGAAAACAUUUGCUGUGGAUGAAACAAGUGUCAGCGGGUUCAUAUACCAUCAUUUGUUGGGACACGAGGUUGAAAAUCAUAUGGUUCGCAACGCAAUGCCCCGCCGGUUUGGUGCACCUGGGCUUCCAGAACUGAACGCAUCUCAGGUAUAUGCUGUGAAGAAUGUCCUACAGCGCCCUAUUAGUUUGAUUCAAGGUCCUCCUGGCACUGGAAAAACCGUUACAUCUGCUGCAAUUGUCUACCAUAUGGCCAAACAAGGGCAAGGGCAGGUUUUGGUAUGUGCACCAAGUAAUGUGGCUGUAGACCAACUAGCGGAGAAGAUAAGUGCCACUGGCUUAAAGGUUGUUCGCAUUUGUGCAAAGUCGAGGGAAGCUGUUAGCUCUCCUGUUGAGCAUCUGACUCUUCACUAUCAGGUUAGACAUCUUGAUACUUCCGAAAAGAGUGAACUUCACAAGUUGCAACAGCUAAAAGAUGAACAAGGUGAGCUUUCCAGCAGUGAUGAGAAGAAGUACAAGGCUCUGAAGCGAGCUACAGAGAGGGAGAUAUCUCAGAGUGCCGAUGUCAUAUGUUGCACGUGCGUUGGUGCUGGAGACCCUCGUCUUGCAAAUUUUAGGUUCCGCCAGGUGCUUAUUGAUGAGUCCACUCAAUCGACGGAACCUGAAUGUCUGAUUCCUUUAGUUCUCGGGGCUAAGCAGGUUAUACUUGUUGGCGACCACUGUCAACUUGGUCCUGUUAUUAUGUGCAAAAAAGCUGCUCGAGCUGGACUAGCACAGUCUCUAUUUGAACGCCUCGUCUUACUUGGAGUAAAACCAAUUAGGCUGCAGGUUCAAUAUCGAAUGCAUCCAGCUCUUUCAGAGUUCCCAUCUAAUAGCUUUUAUGAAGGUACCCUACAAAAUGGGGUUACUGUGAAUGAGAGGCAAACAACAGGCAUUGAUUUCCCCUGGCCUGUGCCUAAUCGUCCUAUGUUCUUCUAUGUCCAGAUGGGGCAAGAGGAGAUAAGUGCUAGUGGAACCUCCUAUCUGAAUCGUACCGAGGCUGCAAAUGUUGAGAAGAUUGUAACUACUUUCUUGAGAAGUGGUGUAAUUCCUAGUCAGAUUGGGGUGAUAACGCCAUAUGAAGGCCAGAGAGCAUAUAUUGUGAACUAUAUGUCGAGAAACGGUGCUCUUAGGCAGCAACUUUACAAGGAAAUUGAGGUUGCUAGUGUUGAUUCAUUUCAAGGCAGGGAAAAGGAUUAUAUUAUUUUGUCUUGCGUUAGGAGCAAUGAACAUCAGGGUAUUGGGUUUCUUAAUGAUCCUAGGAGACUUAAUGUAGCUCUUACUCGUGCACGAUACGGCAUUGUAAUACUGGGCAACCCAAAAGUCCUUAGCAAACAGCCAUUGUGGAAUGGUUUGUUGACACACUACAAGGAGCAUGAAUGCUUGGUUGAGGGACCUCUUAAUAACCUUAAGCAGAGUAUGGUACAGUUUCAGAAACCCAAAAAGAUCUAUAAUGACAGGAGACUUUUCUUUGGGGGUGGACCUGGAGUGUUGCCCAAUGAUAGUCUCGGAUCGGUUGCGUCGAGUGUUCCGAAUACUGACAGGCGAAGCGGGCGUGCCAGAGGUGGCCCAGCAAAUGGUGCUCACAAGCCUGGUGUGCACCCGACUGGAUUUCCAAUGCCACGAGUGCCAAUGCCAACAUUCCACGGCCCGCCUCCUCCUCAACCUUAUGCGAUCCCAUCACGUGGUGCUGUGCAUGGACCUGUCGGAGCUGUUCCUCAUGUACCUGCACCAGGAAGUCGUGGUUUUGGGGCCGGGCGUGGAAGCACCACUGCUCCUAUUGGUAGUCAUCUUGCACACCAGAACAAUCAGCAGGCAAUUGGAAAUAUUGGACCGAAUUUCAACUUCCCUGGUUUGGAGAAUCCCAAUAGCCAGCCAUCUGUUGGUGGCCCAUUAUCUCAACCUGGAUUUGUGAACAAUAUGCCAGUUCAAGGGGCAAGCCAGUCUUUUCGUGAUGGUUUUUCAAUGAGUGGAAUGUCCCAGGAUUUCUUGGGCGAUGACUUUAAAAGCCAGGGAUCACAUGUGCCAUACAAUGUUGCAGACUUCUCUACCCAGGCUUCCCAAAAUGGGUAUGCUGUUGAUUAUGUUACACAAGGAGGACAAGGUGGAUAUCCGGGCAAUUUUCUGAAUCAGAAUUCACAAGCUGGAUAUUCUCGUUUUGGUUCUGGAAAUGACUUCAUGACUCAGGACUACAUGGGUCAUGCUACACAAGGGCUGUUCACUCAGGUCGGCAUGAAUGAUCCCUCGCAGGAUGAAGCGCCACAAAGCCAUUUUAGUAUGGCUAAUCCUAAUUCGCUUCAAUCCCAGGGUUAUAUGAAUUCGCUGUACUCUCAGCCUUUCGGCCAUUACAACACUCAGCCACCCAACUUACAGGCACCACAACAGCAGCAGCAGCAGCCUCAGCAGGGCCAGGGGUCCCAGAACCAGAAAAUACACUAUAAUGGUUGA